AUGUCAGUAAUCUGUACAUUCGUCCGUGCCAAAUGGGUCGUGGGGAAGGUGAUUGGCACAGCCAUGGUAAAAACUGCUAAUGUCAGAGUGACCAGACUUGUUUUGGACCCCUACUUGCUAAAGUACUUCAACAAGCGGAAAAUCUACUUUGCUCACGAUGCCCACCAGCAGUGCUCCGUCGGGAAUAUCGUGCUCCUCAGAGCUCUGCCGGUCGCCAGGUCAAAGCACGUGAAAUAUGAACUGGCUGAGAUCAUUUUCAAAGUUGGCCGAGUUAUCGACCCAAUCACAGGAAAGCCCUGUGUGGGGACCGCCUACCUAGAAAGUCCACUCAGUUCAGAAACUGCUAACCCAAGUAAAACUCCAGAACUCAAGGUGUGUUUCUGCCUGAAGCUUCAUGAGCCACCAGUGUCACACGGUCACAUGGUCUUGGAUAAGGUGUGGUUACCUAGAUGGACUGCUGAGUUAAUUCAGAGACAUGGACAGAGAGCUGUACAUCCUAGAGAGAAGACCCAUGAAGAGAAGAUGAAAGCAUGA